GUAAAACCUGUGCUUUUCACAAGAUUCUCAAGAAUAGAACGUAGAAUCGAUAUACAAACGUUCAAAAAGAUCAUUCUCUUAGCCAGGUUAAUUAUUCGACGCACCGCGAUUUGUUUAUCUUGAAUAGUGAUAGCUGAAUGCUCGGAAAUAAUUUGGUCCAUGUACCAAACAUCACUCAAAUAAAGGCCUAUGCAUUUAUUAGACAUAUGAAAACCAAAAAUAACAUUCUUUGGUGUGGCUAUAUCACCUAUAGCCACCACAUAAUCUUAAAGUUUCAAAUUUAUAACAGAGGUUAGCACAACGGCUUGUUUCUUUGCCGGAAACUGACAUCUGCAUUCUUGGCAGGUUGACCAAAAGGUGCUGUUUAAUUAGACUUCCAGUCGUACAAGAGCAAGAGUACGUGCUGAACUAUGCUGAACAUGAAGCGAGCGCCACGACAAACCGCCGUCACUCGCCUCGUCAAAAAAUUCGCUAUCAGCUGUUAAAAAAUAUGAGUGAUACUGAUAACGGAACGACGAAUACUAUAAUAAAUAGCGACGAUAUUUUAAACCCAACUAUGGUCAACACAACACGUAUCGGUAACAUCCAAUAACCACCAAUAGUACAUCUUUAAACGAACAGCAGGUAUGUGUUUAAUUUAAACUCACCCAAAAACGCUGGAAAGUGAGGGGCAAGCAAAAACACACCCGCACAGUUCGACAGUCAAAAAUGUUUGCCAAAUUUUUGUAAAAUCUUUGAGGCGAUUUUAUCGGACCAUCUCUUAUAAUGACGUAUCAUUUCCAAAAAAUUUCGGGCAAGAUGAGCAAAUCAGGUUCUCAUAGAUCAGUGAAAAGCCAUGAAAAUAUGACUUCCAUGUGAAUGUCAUUUGCCCGAAAUUUUUUGGAAACAACGGUAGAACCUUACAUUAGUGACACUCAACAUCGAUUUGUCCAUAAAAAAUCAGCAGUAAUGCAUCUAUGUGUAUUCACUCAAUAUGUAUGUGUGUGUUUACAGUUUUGAUCCGCUUAAUCAAGUCAAUGUAAUUUACACCGAUUUGACUAAACAUUUGUGAAUCAUUAAAUUAUGUUCCAUACUUCGACGGUCUUUUGGAAAACUUGAUGAAAUUAUUUCAAUCUAUUUUAAGUAACAGGUAUCAGGUGUACUGCGGCUGACAAUCGAAUAAAUUUCUCGAAGUGGUAUAACGGACGCUCAUAAUCUUGGACGUAUUAUGUUUGUAUUAUUUUAAUGAUGCUCUUAGUUUGUUUAGUUCUCCUAUGUUUGCUUACGCUGACGAUUUGAAAAUUGUUAACUGUAGAAGACUGUUUAAAUUUACAACAUGAUGUCACUAAGUUUUAUGCAUGGUGUAUACAGAAUGAGGGGUAUUUGCAGUACCACACCAACUUGCCAUAAAAUCAUUUCCCAAGUAGUAUUGUUCCGGCCAGCUACGGGGCUGGCUUAAUACAACGUCUUUGUAAAGUGCCCAGGAGACUUUCAAUGCAACCAUCCCAGAAAAGAAAUGGGACAUUUGGCCGGCAAGGGUAAUGUUUAAGAAGAGCGGUAUACGUAGUUUUUCACGUUGUUACGUACUGUUUUGAACAUUUUAAUUACAGUGUCAUAUAAAGAAGUUAUUUCCUUUGAGAAAAAAAAAAAAAAAUGGAAAGGUAACUGAGUCAGAGGAAAGAAGAAGUGCGUUCCAAAAAAACGCAAAUGAAAGGCAAUUUGUCUUAAGGAUUUUAUAACUGAUAUAUUAGAAGAAGAGGAAGACGGUCAAAUCCCACGUCCCCCAAAAAUUUAUUAAAGCACCAACUUCACCAGCUGCAUUACCUCCACGCCAAGUGAUAUUUUAUCUGCCAAAUCCUAUGGUGACAUUGCCACUACUUCUGGUGAUACUUCAUCAGUAAGAAGCUUGGAACUUACUAACAAUAACGACCUGCGACCUUAUCGUUAUGUUCAGAUGGUAACGCUUCUCCUCAAGACUUCUUAAACAUGACUGAACCACAUAACGUUGACGGUAAAUUUAAAUAAAGUUAAAACAAAAAAUUACACAUAGCUAGUGCGGGAGUUUUGCGAACGGAUAUUAUAUUUGUAGAUCCAAUUAUAGACAAACUAAAUGAAAUCGUAAGAAAAACCACCCGUAUAUAAUUAUGGUGAAAAGAUUAUUACAAAAAGUUAGUAAUGAUCCUACACAUACCCCACUACAUAAUUCUGACAUUAGUACUACAUGUAUACAAGCUUUCACAAAGUACGGGCUAUUAUGUGAAUACGAUGAAAAAUUAUAAGCUUUGGAGGACGCCAGAAAUGAACUGUAAAUAUGUAAUAUUAGUUUAUACGUAUCACGACCUGCUUUAUCAAUAUACACCGGCCUAUUUAUUCCCUUGUUGCAAGUGUCGUCCGCAUGGCGCCACUCAACGGCUAAAUGCCAAACAAAAUAAGCGCCAACUACAAAAAAUACAUCGAUUCAAUGUGUCAAAAGUGACAUGAACAACCUGGGAGGACCCGCGCCGCUCCCGUUUUUCCCGUCCAGUGGGUUUUAAGGCUGGCCCUGCUGUGGUGGGUGUUUGAGCCACCACCCGGCCUGGUCUAACGCACGUUACCAGCUACCCAGUCCGUACCUAUUGGAAAUGGGAUUGGUUGACUUGAUGAGCUACGAAAUAAAUUUCGAACCGCAGGCCUUUUGAAGUAAAUGAAAAAAGCGAGUCAACUAGAGGCAGCCGCCACGCUCCCCAACUGCUGAGUUGAAUCCUUCUAGACAACUUACUACCCGCACAGCUCCUUUACUAGAAAGUAAAACCUUACCAGAACGCAAGCGUUUCGUCACGGGUCGGACUUCUUCACGUUUCCACGUCCCAGAUUCCGUGCGGAACUAGUCCGUGGGGACCAUACGAUGCGAUGCAUCGGGCUCCUUAGUUCGACGGGUACUAGUGAACCUGGCUAGUGCUGUCUCGAAACUUAGUAAGCUUUGCUUCCGUGACCUGUCGAAACAGGCGGCUAGUUCGAACCGAUAAUCCCAGCUCUCCCUGGAGUGUCAAACGUCCUCUCGCCUCCCAUACGAAUAAGGCUAACUCACAACCUGCCCAUCCAGUUCGAAGGACUAACACACCAUGAUCCGGUACCCAGUCGGAGCUCGAGUUGCUCUACACCUGGCCCAGGCCUGUUCAAGAGGCUCUCUCUAGGUCCGUGGGUACUAAGGCGAGACUGACGGUAAGGUCCGCCUGCCGUUUUCCCCGUGGCCUGUCGGUGACACUCCAUGGCGGGAUCGCAUUCGAACAUCGCCCCGCCCGCGCAUGCCGCGGGCUUCCUUAGCUCCUUAACCGCCCCAGAGCCUGUCACCAGCCGGGACCAAUGUAGCAGAAGUACCCGGUCUCAGAUUCUCAACUCGGUUAAGCGAGAUUAGAGGCUAUGGUGAGCCUCCUCCAUAGCUCCCGUCACUAAAAACAGCCUGUACCUCGUGAAGGUGGGAGUUGACAUUGAGCAACAGAGGCUGUGUGUUCGCUUCUUUGUUCCAUAAAGAAUGUCGUUCCAGAACAUCAUACUGCUCCUCUCACAUCCCCCUGACGGAGGUAACGCUUGCCAGCCCCAGUUUCCUAGUGCCGAAGGAGCCAGACUCGUCAAAAGUGACAGUCAGAAUGUUCUCUUGCAAUAAUCUACAAUGAUGAAAUACACCAUAGAUUUGCAUAUAACCUCCAAGCCACAGAACCCAAUUUCAAGCCAUAGCAAAUGAAGCCAGGAGGCCCAGGAGAGCGCCAUAGCGCGUUUCCGCUUUCCAACUGAGUUUUGGGUAAAAGACAUGGUACAAGGUACAAGCAAAAGGAACAUAAUAGGAACGAGGAACAUAUGUCAGGUUGGGAAGCGGCAAAUUUAAUUUGAAUUUGAAUGAAUUUGAACGUUACGAGAUACAAUAAUUUUAGGUAAUGGUAUAUUUGUAAACAUUUUCUGAUAUUAAAACUCACACUAGUGAUAUGUUAUUAACCUAAUCUGACAAAUUUGUGGAAGUGAUGUCCAUUUGAGCACUUGACAUAUACCCAUUGAGUAUUGAGUGGCGCCGAUGUGGGAAAAUCUGGCGUUUCUCCGAGGUCAAAAAAACAAUGAAAUUCAAAACAAAUGAACAGGCCGAUUAAUAACUAAUAUAGCAAGUCGUAAUAUGUAUCUAUGUAAAUUUUAAAUAAAAAAAAAAUAGGGCAAUAUUUUCCGUUUAUGUGGAGGCACUUCCACUAAAAAAGACCGUAUAAGGAGAGAUGUACGCCGCGUAUUUGACGAUCAGUUAGCUCGUAAAUGCUCUUGGCUGGGAAGGAAGAAUAAUUUUCCAGUGUCAAACUUAAUGAUUAUGGAUAUAUUAAACAAUGCAGUUCGGAAAAAUUUCCCUUUAUUAACGGACAAAAUAUUUGAAUCAACCGUAUCUACAUGGCUUAGACAAGCUUCACGAGAAAAUCUGAUAAAUAAUUGUGUAACUUUAAAAUAAAUUGUACAACUUCAAAAACGGUUUCGACGAAUUUGAUAGAGCAGCUUAACAUAACUAUUUAUUUGUAUUUAUGGGUCAUUUGCAUUUGGAGAUUCAAAAAAAUAAAUUUUAAAUUUGAUGUUUUUUUUAGUGCUUAUGAGUUUAUUCUGAGAAGAUGAGUCUAAAACACAGUUUGUAUUAAUGGUUGAGCUUAAAUGUCACAAAAAGGGCGAAAAAAAUUACUAGCAACAAAUUCAUCCACGUCGUAACAGAAUGUCCAUGGUUGUGAUAAUCAUAACGUAUUUUUAAACAUGUUAACAAAAGUAAUCUUACUAACUGGAAUAAAAAUAAACAUUUUACUCUUUUUUAGUAAGCGAAAAAUUUUUGUUUUGCUGUGUGCGCAAGUAGACUAACUAAGUACAAAGGGUAAAUUAGGAAUAAUUUUUAGGAGAUAGAUAGUAUUUUGAAGGAUAGGUUAACUAAUAUUAGGUUGGAAAACACUAGUGCGAAAAAUUCAGUAAAUAUGACUGCAAAAUUUGAUUUGAAAGUUGCCUCUGGCUUGUUGCCACAUAUGGAUAAUUCGGAAGAGGUAACACUACGACUCAUCGAAGGUAUUGAGUUAUAUGAUUCAAUGUUAGAGAACGCAGGGAAACCAUUGUUAACCAUGUACGUGCUAAAAACUAAGUUGUCACAAAGUGCAAAGUUGCGAUUAAACAAAACGUAUCCGUCAAAUUCAGAUUUAAUAAAAGAUAUGAGAGAAAAACUUAUCGCAAAAAAAUCUAUAUCGGGUUUAUCGAUGCAACUUUUUUCAGCCAAACAAGGCAAUAAAUCGAUACAAGAUUUUGGUCGUAAUAUUGAAGACCUAAUGUUAAAUUUAACAAUUGCACAGGCAGAUGGAAAUGAUACCGCGAGCGGCAUUUUAGCAAAUACCAAUGAAAAAUUGGCGAUUUCGGCAUUUGCCAAUGGGUUGCGAGACGAAAAUCUUCGCCUAAUCACCAGGGCGCGGGGAUUUUCGACUCUUGCAGAAGCUAUCAAUGGUGCGGUUGAAGAGUCAAAUUUCGUCAAAAAUUCUGAACAAGUAUUCUAUACGCGAGAUCAGAAUGUGCGAGGACAAAAUAUGCGUGGUAGAAAUAGUUUCGGAAAUAGGCAAAGAAAUUUCCGGGGUAAUUUUCAUUUUGGAAAUAAUCAUGAAAAUCGAAACGUUUAUUUUGAACAAAAUCGAGGUCAAACACGCGGAAGACAUAAUUUCAGAAAUUCGCAUCGUCAGCGUAGUGGUGAUAGCCGUAGUCGUGGGUCAUAUGCUGCGUCACAUUCGCGACAACUAGGUCAGGCUUACCCAAUAAUUGAGAAAAAAGAACAAGAGGUAGGAUCUGCAGAUGAGAAUCAGUCGGAACAAAGUAGACUACAGUUUUUUCGGGACUUCGAAUGAGAAUGAUGAAGUUGUGCUUAGUAUGAAUGGGCUAAAUUUUGUAAAAGUGAGAUAUGGAAUGAGUGAACUGAGAUUGUUAGUAGACACAGGUGCAUCUUUGAGUAUAAUUUUUAAGAGUAGUUUGACAGAAGAUGAAUGGGUAGAUGAAAGUACAAAAAUAAAAAUUGCCGGUAUAGCAGGUACUACUUACACAGUAGGAACCGUUGACAUUGACAUUGAGGUAGGUAAGGAAGUGUUGACGCAUAAGUUUCAUGUAAUGAAUGAGUGUGAGUGUGAAAUGGAUGGAGUAAUAGGAGCAGAUUUCUUAGCUAAACAAGGAGCUAUGAUAGACUACGAAAAUUUUUUGCUUUACUUGAAUAAUGGAACAGGUAGAAUAUGUGUGAAUUUAGAGUCAAAAUUUAACAAAAUAACUAAAAUUCCUUCUAGAUGUGAAACAAUACAAUAUGUAGAAAUUGAAUGCGAGGAAGAAUGUGUGAUAUUACCGGAAGAAGUUUGUAAGGGAGUUUUUGUUGCGAGUGCAGUAGUCAAACCGGGAAAAUCGAAGGAAGUACCUAUUAGAUACAUUAUCUAAAACCAUUCCAUAAAAUUAUCCAUUAUUACGCUUGUUAUGGUGGCCAUGGUUUUGACACCCUACGCGGGACGACAUUAUCAUUGCAAUUCUUGGUCAAAAUACGUUACAAAAUUCACAUGACUUAAAAUUGUAAUAAUGAAGCUUAAUAAAACGGCUUUUGUGUCUCAAACCUUCUUUUAUAUAACAAAGAAUAUGGUAAACCCCAAAUCAGAAAAAAUCUGUGCAAUUUGAGGCAAAAACGUCAAUUCAUAAGUUCAAACAUGCAAUGUAAUCAUUUCAUUAAAAAAUAAGGUAGGAAAGGGCAAAUCACAUUUUUUCCACGAAACGAGAAUGACCCUUACUUACCUAUGAGUAUAUUUUUACUUCCCGAGCGUAAGCAAAGGAAGUAUUGUAAUCGAGUCCGUCGGUCGACUCUCUACUUUUACGUUUUCUCGAUCUUUCAUGACCCCUAGAACACGAAAAAAUAGGUCUCCCAUUUCCGUCUGUCUGUCCGUCUGUCUGCCGUCCCCGAUUUUUAUUAGACAGAUAAUCUCCGAAAGUACUGGACCGAUUGUUGUGAAAUUUUGUACUUAUAUUAGGAAUUUCAUGUAGAUGGUAAAACGUUCACCAAAAUUUGUCUAAUCAUUCCCACCACUAAUGCGAUGACGUCACUUCAAAAUUGUACAUAGUAAAUGCGUUUUAAAUAGUAUAAAAUAACAUAGUCCUACACAUGUAGUUUACGACUCCGAAUUGAGUUUUUACCCGAAACGUCCAGAUUUUUGGAAAAAAAAA